AUGAGCAGCCCUCGUCAAGACAAGAAAGAGGAGCAGGAGGGGAAGCCUCUGUUCCGCACCCUCACGCCGAACGACGAAGCUGCCCGCCCACAGUACCGCUCGAUGGCCGUGGCCGUCGCGCCACCGUCGUUCAGCACAAUGGGACCCCGUGGCCCGAUCGGGCAGCUGAGCUCCGCGUUUCCCGGCCCCAUGGCGUUCAACAUGACCUCCAAGAAGUCGGGGGGUGUCAGCAAAAAGUCGGACACCGCAACGGCGUCGCCCUCGUUUGGCCCGCGCGUGGACCGCACGAAGUACGUGAACGCGACGAUGCGCGCGCUGCCACCAGCGCCGUUCCGUUUGGAGCUGCACACGCACUUCCACGUGAAACUCGAGUCGACGCAGCGCGUGUGCGGCGUCGUGAGCAUCAAACUCUGUGAGCUAGACACGGACUUUGAGUUCAAGGCGGACAAGUGCAAGUGGAAGGUCAAGUACCGCCGCCACACGCAGCGCGUGAGCCUCAAUAUUGUCAUCUACAAGACGAGCAAAGACGAGUACAUUCUCGAAGUGCAGCGUCGGGACGGCGACAUCACGGCGCUCAUGCACCUCUACCACGAGCUGAAGAGCUUGUUUCGACGCAGCCAGCUGCUCAGUGACAAGACCGUGUCGACGAACGGCGUGAAACGUGCGGCCCCGAAGCCGCUACCGAAACUGCCUCUGUCUCCGGAAAGUAUUCAGGACGGUGUAUCGGCGCUCAAGGGCUUGCUCGAGAGCAAGUACGUUGACGCUCAGAUGCAGGGUGUUUUGGGGGCCAUCUCCAUGUCAACUUGCGAGGAGACAAGGGCAGGAAUGUCUGGCCUUGUGCCUCAGCUUGUGCAGCUGGGUCAAGAUCAAAACACAAAUGUCGCGCGGUUGGUCAGUGUUGCACUCGCACGGCUGUGCGAUCACCCGCAGUGCCGUCAGGCGUUUAUUCAAUCCGAUGGCUGGCAGUUUAUCAUAAACUGUGCUGCCGGUGGCUCCGACGUGAAGCCCGAGGUGCAACGAGAGAGUCUUCAUGUGGUAGAGACUCUAUGCCCGUUGUAUUACGACGAACUUGCCAAGUCCGAGAGUGCUGGACGCGUGUUGCAGCUUGUGAAGGAGUGGCAGAAGAUUGAGGACCCGCGUCUGAAGAAACACGCGUGCAAUGCGCACCGUGCGCUGAAGAAUGCGGGCGUGCUCGCCUGA